AUGGAUCAACACCAAGCCGCCCAGCAGCCCGCGCAGUAUUACGCGCUUCCAGACGCGCAGCAGGAAAAAACCGGGCAGUUCCAGUACCAGCAAGCAUAUGAGCUACAACAACACCACAACACCAAUUCACCGGCUUCUGGCCCUACUAUGCUCAGUGUCACACGAGGCGUUGCGCUGAGCGUGGUGGGCGUGAUUGUGUUCUUGCUGGUCACCGUGAUUGGGCUCAGCGCCGGCCUCGGGGUCAGUCAGCGAGAUUUGCAACAGGUGAAGGGUGAUUUGGAAGCAGCGCAGGCUGUGCUCUCCGUGACGAGUGCGCCGACGACCGCUGUUGUGUUGCCGACCUCCACCACGGCAUCCAUACCUGCGGUAGCGUCCCCCACGGCAAAGGCUGACGUGCAGUGCCCUCGGGUCAACGGCACUAUCUACACGGCUAGCUCUGGUGGCAAGCGGUUCCGGCGGCUCUGCGGUGUCGACUACGGAGGCGAGGGCGAGGCGGUCGACAUUGGCAACGUUAAAACCAUCAACCUGGAUGCUUGCAUCGACGCGUGCGCGUCGGAGACAAAUUGCACAGGGGCGGGCUGGGGCGUUAUUGAGGGUGACAAGGGCCCAACGCAUAGUUGCUGGAUGAAGACGAACCUGACCAAGUCACACAAGGCGAAUGCCUGA